GAGUGUGGUGGAACUUCCACCACCGCAGGAGACAGACCGACAUCAGCCUGAUGCGCAAAUUCGUGACAUGGAGGACGGCAACAAACUUGCGACCCUGUCUGGCGACAUCCUCCUUGCAUCCGCCUCGCUUUUAUCUCAGCUGAGCGUAUAUAUUUCUUAUUAUGGGCUUACUGCCCUUUCAGUUCCAGCACACAACCUUGUUUUCAUUAUCAUCCCCCACUACCCUCACCGCCGUGCUGUUUUACAGUCUGUAAAUGAAUUCCCCUUUCCUUCUGUGCAGGUUGUGGAAAUUAUGUCGGCUGCCAUCGCCGGCGCAGUGGAGGCCGAUUUCUCCGAUUUAAUGCAGUUUAUGGAGGAGGAGGGAAGUCCACUUCCGGCCCCUGCUCCGGAACCCCACGGCUCCACCGACUCUAUUUUGACCAAAUGGCUCGAGCACAUCGCGCUGAGACACGGCGCUGUGCUGGGGACUUCAUGUGAAGCU